UCCUCAUUGGCUUGUCAAAUGGAAAGUAGCAAUUCCAAGAUAGACUACCAGGCAGGGCAGAUUUGUCUUUUUAUGUAAUGCAAGAUUGUCCAAGCUACACCCUAUGCGGAACGUGGUAAACCAUUUGAGUAACAUGCAUUUUGAUGGAAAUGACACUUCUUUUCCAUCUGUGGUGGACGAGCACAACAAUAUACAUCAAAUUUGCUCACCACCUAUUUGAUCAUAAAUUGGGAUCCACAACAAGUAUGCGUGUAUUUCUUGUGACCUCGCACCAAGUUUGUCUACUGAUGUCAUUUGUUCAAAGAGCUUGGUUUGAAUAACCAGACAAAAAUUUAUGGAAGAUGCUUUUGUUAGCUUGUAAUUACUAUCCUUAAUUGUGUAUUCAUUUCUCAAGGCCCUCCUUCCAUAUCUUGUAUUUUCUAGGGAUAGUCAUUUAAUCCAAUGGUUUACAAUAGCCCGUAAGAUAAAAGUUCCCCCUUUUCAUCUAUAUAGGGAUAGUCUUCCCACUCUUCUUGUUAUCUCUUGCUGCUUCAGGUGUCUAUCUCAUAGCUUCAUGAGGACUAAAUCAAAGCAAAAGAAACCCAGUAUCAUGGAGAGGCUUGGGCUGGUUGACCAGCAAGGAAAGCUGGUCACCAACCCCCCCAAAGAUGUUUUUGAUGAUUUUUUCCAGCACUGGAUAGCCACAUGGGGAUCUGAAGGACAAGUGAUGGAGAGCCCACAAACAGCAGAAAUGGUUGAGGGUAUUGAAGCUAUGAACCGUGCCAUUAGGAAUGCUUUAUAUGGAGCUAUUAGCUGUUCAAGGUUGCCUGUAUUUCGUGAGAUCUGUAGUGAGGUCCCUUGUGAGGAAUAUUUCCAGUGAUCUAAUUGGCAGUUUCUAUGAUCAUAUAUGGAAAUUCCUCUCUCAGUGAGAUAAUAGUUGUCAUGUUUUUUUGUUAUCAUGAACAUGCUUUUUUUUGUCUCUUGAUUUGAAGGUGUCCUGGGAUAGUUCCAUGAUUGAUUUUAUAGAAUUGAACCCCUUGCCAUAUAGUUUGAAUGCAUAUUUAUUCCAUGAACUGUUGGCAGUAGCACCAACAAUUAGAUUUUGUAGUUUAUAUAUCUCCAAGAAGUGGUUGAUGUUCUGUGAAAAAUAGAGAAUUUUUUUUUCUCAUUCACAAAUAUCUCCUUUAAGAAGCAUGAGUAGGAGUUGACAGAGGAAUGUGGUGUUUUUGUGCUGAUUGACUUGUCAGUGGAGUGCACCUCCCAUGCUCACAGAGAGGACUAAAGCUCGACCAUUUACAAGUCUUGAUCCAAAUUUUUUCAUACUACAUAUAUCCAAGUUUAAUGCCCUUGAAACCUUUUUUCUAAGGAUGAUCUCCUAUCUAAAUUUGCGUCUGCAUUUUUAUUGUUUUGCCUGCAUGCCUGCAAAUGAGCUUUAUAAAUUGUGAAUACUUGUCUGUGAACCAUUUAUGAAGCUUAAAGAGGAUUAUAUCGAGUACAUUAAAUGCAUGAUCUGGCUGUUAUCGCUAACCAUAAUGCAUUGUUAUGUGCAUGCCAGUAAGAAAGGAAGCAUGCUGCAAGCUGAGUAAAAAAGGAAAAAGAGUUAGCAUUAGGGCUAUUUAAUUUGCCUUCCACAUUGAAGGAGCUAUCUUUUGCACAAAUAUAAGACUAAUACCAAUUAGAAUAUUGAUGUUGCAAAGGGUUAUCCAGAACUUUGUAAAUUCAAACCCAUAGCUG